AUGAAAGGUAUUUUACGAUUUGGAAAGAAAGGAAAGUCGAGUCCUCGUUUUAUUGGACCAUUAAAGAUUCUGGAGCAAAUUGGCCCUGUGGCGUAUGGUUUAGCAUUGCCACCAUCCCUCUCUGCAGUUCAUGACGUGUUCCAUGUUUCGAUGUUAAGAAAGUACGUGACAAAUCCAUCUCAUGCAGUGGAUUACGAGUCAUUAGAGAUUGAUGAAAAUUUGAGUUAUGCAGAACAACCAGUUGAGAUUUUGGCUAGAGAGGUAAAGAUGCUGAGAAACAGAGGGAUUCCUUUAGUUAAAGUCUUAUGGCAGAAUCACAAAGUUGAAGAGACUUAG